AUAAGGCAUUGGCCUCCUAAGCCAGGGAUUGUGGGUUCGAGUCCCAUCUGGGGUGGCAUGAGUUUUUUUUUUUUGGCCUCUAAAAUACUUUUCUCCUCUUCUAAACAAAGCGAAAUAUGUCAACUUUUUUUUUUUUUAAAUGGGAGGCGUGUGUGUGUUUUUACUAGCUGGUAGGCUGCAAUUUUCGAGAAUCUCCACACUCCCAUGUCCUUUCGCUGAGCCGCAGGUCCCCUGGGAUUUGGGGAAACGUCAGUACGUUGAAUUUUGAUAUCCCUUCUAUAAAUCAUUUAAAAAUGUCUUCUCAGCGUGUUCCAUAUCAAAUCCACACCCACACCCCCCGCCGGGCCCGCUUCUCCUGAGACUCAGCGGUUGGUCGGCUAACGGGCAUCUUCAGUGACGCAGUGAAGAAAGGCCCUUGUUUCCCCAAACCCUUGUUCUGGGUUAGAGGACCUGGUACCGUCAGUUAACAGUCGGGUUUCGUUUGGUUUUCUUGUUAGGGCGCCCCUCGGCCUUCGAUUAAUAAGGCUCGGUACAACGGACAAGUGAGCGGUUCCACUGCUCGUCAGUCGAUAGGGGGAGUCGGUAGUCGGUCUGACCGUACCAUUAGGCGCCUGGGCGGGAGGAGGGGUUUUGCAGGGUCGUAGGACGCCGUCGGGAACCAGGCUCGGAGGACAGGAAAAUGGCGGCCUUAGGGUCCCCGGCGCACACUUUUCGAGGACUUCUGCGGGAGUUGCGCUACCUGAGCGCGGCCACCGGCCGACCCUAUCGCGACACCGCGGCCUAUCGGUACCUUGUGAAGGCUUUCCGUGCACAUCGGGUCACCAGUGAAAAGUUGUGCAGAGCCCAACAUGAGCUUCAUUUCCAAGCUGCCACCUAUCUCUGCCUCCUGCGUAGCAUCCGGGAACAUGUGGCCCUACAUCAGGAAUUUCAUGGCAAGGGUGAGCGCUCAGUGGAGGAGUCUGCUGGCUUGGUGGGUCUCAAGUUGCCCCGUCAGCCUGGAGGGAAGGGCUGGGAGCCAUGAACAUGGAGAGUAUCCUUGGAUGCUGCAUUCAUAAGAGAAUUGAAUAAUUUCUAUCAAUAUGUAUUUAUCAUUAAAUUUUUUUUUUAAGUUUAA